AUGCCUCCGGUUAAAGAUGAAACGAUAAGAGAAAUUAAUUGUUUUGACAUAAACAUAGUAGAGAAGAGCCCAGCAAAAAACAGUGCGCUUGUGGAUGUAAGAGCUUGUAAUAAACCUGCUGCCAAGGUAUGGUUCCGUGGGGUGAGGAGUUCGAAGUUCCGCCAUGUGUACGGAGUUUCUUUUAAGCGGGAGAGAUGUUACGACAACAUAAAAAUUACCAGGAACGCGCACGAUUCCAACUUCUGCGCGGUGAAUCCCAAGUUUGUGGCCAUCGUCACAGAGGUCGCUGGCGGCGGGGCAUUCCUUGUUCUACCUUUGGAUCACACGGGGCGACUUGACUUCAACGCGAGCCGUGUAACGGGCCACAAAGGCCCGGUGCUUGACAUCAAGUGGAAUCCGUUCAACGACAACAUCAUCGCUUCGUGCUCCGACGAUUGCACGGUGAAGUUAUGGCACAUUCCGGACGGUGGACUAUCCAUGCAUUUGACGGACUGGUUGGUGGAGUUGCACGGCCACAAGCGGCGCGUCGCCUAUAUCGAGUGGCAUCCAACGGCUGAAAACAUACUGCUUAGCGCCGGUUUUGAUUAUUUGAUAAUAGUGUGGGAUGUGGGUAAAGGGGAAGCGGUGAAGGUGAUCGAUUGCCACAGCGACGUGAUCUACUGCAUGUCUUUCAACCGCGACGGCUCGCUGCUGGCCACCACCUGCAAGGACAAGAAGCUGCGAGUGAUCGAGCCUAGGCGGGGCAUUGUGUUGUCUGAAGGACAGUGCCAUCUAGGUACGAAAGCGUCUAAAUGCACAUUCCUGGGCGGCCAGGGCAAAGUGCUGACAACCGGCUUCUCCCGGUACAGCGAUAGGCAGUAUGCUGUAUGGGACCAACACGAUUUGUCCAAGCCAUUGGUUUGUGAAACCAUCGACAGCUCCUCUGGCGUCGUCUUUCCUUACUAUGAUUAUGAUACUAACAUGGUAUACCUUGCUGGCAAGGGUGACGGUAACAUCAGAUACUACGAAGUGGUCGAGGAGGCGCCUUACGUUCAUUUCCUGAAUCAGUACCUGUCGGGAAACCCACAGCGAGGUCUGGGUUACAUGCCGAAACGUGGCGUGAACACGUCCAUCUGCGAAGUGUUCCGCUUCUAUAAGCUGCACACAUCGCGAGGACUUUGCGAGCCGAUCUCCAUGAUAGUACCGAGGAAAUCUGACUGUUUCCAGGAGGAUUUAUAUCCCGACACAGCAGCUCCCCUGCCUGCUCUCACCGGUAAAGAUUGGCUGAGUGGAAUGAAUGCACCCCCUAUUCUCAUAAGCAUGAAAACUGGUGUCACGAUCUCCACGCACAAGCCGCGUACGAACAACAAAGAUGCACCAGCGCUGCAACCUCAAGACGCGAAUAACAGGAAGAAGUUUGCCUUCCUGUCCCGGGAAACAACUCCGGACUACCGCCCGUUAGGAACAUGGCAACCGACAAAUGAUAACCAUAUCAACGACAACGAUGUACAGGCUAUAAACGAAAAAUCUCAAAAAACGAACGCGAACCAGAACACGAAAUUCCACCAGCUUCAGCGCAUGUUCGGCAAGCAGUGCGGCGACGCCGAGCCAGUGCCGCUCUACAAGCAGAUCAACCAGGGCGAUGUCUUCAGCACCGAACACGAGCUGCGUCUCGCUUUCAACCGCCAAGGCGAAGAAUUGAGAAUCGUUAAACGGCAGCUACAAAAUAGCCAGCAACGGGUAAGAGAACUUGAGCAACACGUGGCAGCUCUACAGGCCAAACUGCAGAACCAGUGA